AACAGAAAAAAGAAAAGAAGCCUCACGCCUCUCCUUCCGUUCUGCUUUCCCCAAACGCAUCUUCGUCUUCCUCUGGUUUGUUGUGCGCCGUAGUGUAUGUGUGUCCAAGCUUCACUAGUUCACCUCCUCUGCUGAACUCCUCUUUUUCAUUUCUGCUUCUGGACGUCUGAUCAUUGACCAAGGAAGGAGUUUGAGCGGAUGAGUGAUUAAAAGGUUGAAAGAAAUGUAUUUUGUUUAACAGCUACAUUUAAUUCGGUGCUGUAAGGCCCGUGGCUACGCAGUGACAAAAAUGGCCGGUGCUGAUGAUGUCUCCCAUGAUAUUCAAUCGAUCCUCUCUUCUUCGGAGAGGGACUAUCUCGUUCGGAACAAUGGCGAUCAGGUUAAAAUUGAGAGCUUGAGUGGGAAGAAAGUUGGUUUAUACUUUUCAGCAUCUUGGUGCGGUCCCUGCCGACAAUUCACUCCUACUUUGGUAGAAUUAUACAAUGAAGUCUAUACUAAAGGUGACUUUGAGAUGAUCUUUGUGUCGGCUGAUGAAGAUGAAGACGCCUUUAAAGGUUAUUUUUCCAAGAUGCCAUGGCUUGCCAUUCCAUUUUGUGAUAAUGACAUACGCGAUCGCCUUGAUGAAUUGUUCAAGGUGAGGGGGAUUCCCCACCUUGUAAUACUUGAGGAGAGUGGGAGAGUUGCCACUGAAGAUGGAGCUGAGGUUGUACGUGAGUAUGGAGCUGAGGCAUACCCUUUCACAAUAGAAAGGAUCAAAGAGCUAAAAGACCAGGAAGAAGCGAAGAGCAACCAGUCCUUGAGAUCUCUUUUGGCCUUCAAGUCACGUGACUUCGUUAUAUCUUCUGAUGGAAAGGAAGUGCCUGUGUCUCAACUUCAGGGGAAGACUGUGGGCCUGUAUUUCUCAUGUUUUUCAUACAAUGCAUCUGCUAAAUUUACCCCAAAGCUUGUGGAGGUUUAUGAGAAGCUGAAAGCAAAGGGCGAGGACUUUGAGAUAGUGUUGAUAUCCAUUGGUGAUGCUGAAGAAUCAUUCAAACAAGGACUAGAAAGUGUGCCCUGGUUGGCAUUGCCGUACAAGGACAAGAGCUGUGAGAAGCUUGCUCGCUACUUCGAGCUAUCGACCUUGCCCACUUUGGUUAUUAUUGGGCCAGAUGGGAAAACCCUUCAUUCCAACGUGGCUGAGGCCAUUGAAGAUUAUGGCGUUGCUGCAUACCCUUUUACUCCUGAGAAGUUUGCAGAGCUCUCUGAGAUAGAGAAGGCCAAAGAGGCAGCCCAGACCCUCGAGUCUAUUAUGGUUUCUGGAGAUAUGGAUUUUGUCUUGGGGAAAGAUGGAGUCAAGAUUCCAGUGUCAGAUUUAGUGGGGAAGAAUGUCCUCCUAUACUUCUCAGCUCACUGGUGCCUACCAUGCCGUGCAUUUCUGCCAAAGCUUAUUGAAGCAUAUCACAAGAUCAAGGCAAAGGACAAUGCACUGGAAGUUGUCUUCAUCUCUAGUGACAGGGACCAAACCUCGUUUGAUAACUUCUUUUCUAAAAUGCCAUGGCUGGCCCUUCCCUUUGGUGACUCGAGGAAGGCAUUCCUGAGUCGCAAAUUCAAGGUGUACGGUAUCCCCAUGCUGGUGGUCAUUGGACCCAGCGGCAGGACUGUCACGAAAGAGGCCAGAGAUCUCGUCAUGCUUUACGGCACCGAAGCAUAUCCUUUCACCGAGGAAAGGGUGAAGGAACUCGAGGCGGCAUCAGAAGAGAUGGCAAAGGGUUGGCCUGAGAAGGUGACUCACAAUUCUCAUGAACAUGAGCUUGUGUUGAGUCGCUGUAAUAUUUACAACUGUGAUGGUUGUGACGAGGAGGGUCACACAUGGUCAUACUGUUGUGAGAAGUGUAACUUUGAUCUCCACCCAAAAUGUGUAUUGGAGGAAGAGAAAUGUAAACAAGGGAAUAGAACAGAAGGGUGGGUUUGUGAUGGAGAAGUCUGCUUUAAAGCCUGAGGUGAAUACUGUUACAUUGAAGUUUGUUUAACUGUGUGUAUUGCAAAAUAUGUGUGUGAUAUGUAUGAUAAUACGUUGGGCUAUAAUAUUAUAAAGUUUCAUCUGUGUCAUUAUGCAUUA